AUGCCGAAUGUGGAAUGGCUGCCUGCGAAGGAGGCUCCUCCAUCUGCAUUUCACCCUCCGACCAGGAGGAGCGGAAAUCGACUAUUACACGCCGCGCACAAAAACCCGAAGAACAUAACUCGAUACGCUGUUCUCGGCGAAAUCGACGGUACACCAGUCGAAGCCCUGCCGGACACGGGAGCCAGCGAGUGCUUCAUAUCCGCCAGCAUGGUCCAGAAGCUCGGACUCUCGCAAGCUCCCGGCACGGAGAAAACGGUGACUGUCGCCAACGGGACCCAGACGCUGUCUCCCGGCUGCGUCCACGUGAAGUGGAAGUUUGCGAAGGAGCGAAAGACGCACCCCGUCAAAUGCUGGAUCCUCCCAGGCUGUGCCUACGACGUCAUUCUCGGGAGCGGCUUCUUGAAGGCGACGCAGACGCUGACGAAAUGGGUCAAUCGAAUCAAGCGGACUGUGGUUUCCUUGCCUCGAGACACUGGCUCUGAUGUCAUGCUGGUAUCCCUGAAGUACGCUCGCGCACUGGGGCUGUCGAUAGAUGACAGUGCCAGCCAUAAGCUCGAGCUAGAACUUGGAGAUGAAUCGACCGCAUACACGUGUGGGCUUGUUCACGACGUCCAGUGGAAUGUUGGGGAUAGAGCCACGAGGUGCGACUUCUACGUUCUCGAAGAUCUCAAUGUGGACGUUGUCCUGAGUAGCGAGUAUGUCUUCGACCUGGACAUCUACUCCGAGUGCAGCGGUUACCUUUUCGAUGUUGAUGCCGGACAGGACCUGCUCGAGCUCUGCCAUAUCAGGCUUAUUAGCCGUUACGGAGGCAGGCUCAACAAACUAGAGGAGCAGUUCUUCGAGGACUUGGAGGAAGAGGGUCCGGGUAUUCAUUCCCUUGAUCUCAUCGCGGGGGAGAGGUAGGCCACAAGGUUAGGACGGGCCUUGUCGACCAUUCCCGAGGCAAAGAUUCGAUCAUUAAGAAUGGGGGCGUUUUGUGGUAACCCGAUGUGUUCUUUUGGGCGGCAAGGAUGACAUUGCAGCGUUCUGUUAGGACAGUUUCAAUAUUAAUAGUCGCAGCCUG